AUGGCCCUGCAAACACUGAAAUCCUUUGUAGAGCGGGCGCAGGAGCGCGCGUUCAAGGGCAGGGCGGUGCUGCUGGGGGCGUCCCCUACGCACUAUGACCUGCCUCUGCCAGGUGUCCCUGGGGGGUCGUGCCAGGUCAACCAGAAACUCACGUGGCUGCAGGCGCAAGAGAUUCGACAGGGAGACACCAAUGUGGAGGGGUUUAGAGAGGUGGAGAGGCGGGUGCUGUCGGGGUCUCCUAUCCAGUACCUGGAUGUGGGGCCCAUGAGCGACUCACGACCCGAUGGUCACAUACAGAACUGGAUGGAUCCAGGAGAGACGAGUCUAUCUACGCGUGAUGAUUGUCGCCAUUGGUGUGAAGGUGGAGUGACCGACGCAUGGCUCGAGAUGUUGUACAAUACACUGCUAUACUAG